AUGUCAUUCUAUUGGGUUUUUGAAUGCAUGCCUAUAGCUGUUACUUCUCUGAUACCACUGGCACUAUUCCCCGUGUUUGGAAUUAUGGAUGGUGGUGCUACAGCUUCGAUGUAUUUCAAGGACACCAGCGCUCUGUUACUUGGAGGUAUAAUGAUGGCUAUUGCAAUUGAACACUGGAAUCUUCAUCGGCGAAUAGCGUUAUCUGUAUUGAUGAUUUCCGGCACGAAAAAAAGAUGGCUGCUUCUGAGCUUUAUGUUGGUCACGUGGUUUUUAUCAGCGUGGAUGAGCAAUACAGCUACCACGGCAAUGAUGUUACCCAUAGCCCAAGCUGUAUUGGUUCGAUUAUCAGAAAUAAACACAUUGCCCAAGGAAGAGUACACCAAAGAAUCUCAUCAUAUAGAGAUGGGGGACGUGUACGACGACGCCACUGGUACGGAGUAUAUCGUGAAGAAUGACACAGAGCAACAGAACGGUUCUUCAAAUACUUUACAAGACAACACAUCAAAUGUUCUCAUACUAGAGGAAAAAGCUCCUGAUGCAGAGAUAAAGAUCGAAGAUGACAGCAAUGGUUUACAGCUAUCCGAAGAUUAUCGAUUAUUUGGAAAAGCUUUGAUGUUAGCAAUAUGUUAUGCUGCUAAUGUUGGUGGCACAGCUACACUGAUUGGUACAUCGCCCCAACUUAUAUUACUGUCAAAUUUAGACGAGCGCUUCGAUGAUCAUCCUCUCAAUUUUCUAUCGUGGUUUAUAUUCAGCUUUCCGUCGUCUUUCCUAUUUAUAUUCAUUGCCUGGUUUUGGUUGUUGUUCAUGUAUUUAGAUUUAUGUCCAUGGAGAAAGUCUGGUUUAGCAUCAUGUUCAUGUAGUUGUAAAACAACUGAAGAAGAAAUAUUGAUAAAAAAAGUUAUCAGGGACGAUUUUAAAAACCUUGGACCUUUUAGUUGGGCUGAACUGUGUGUGUUGACGCUGUUCGUUACUCUGUGUGUAGCGUGGAUAACCAGGGAUAUUGGUGGAUAUGGAUGGACAAACCUAUUUCCAGAAGACUAUGUUACUGAUGCGACUCCUGCUAUAUUUAUGGCAAUUGUUCUAUUCUGUUUUCCCUGUGCUUUUCCAAGUUUCUUUGGAUUCAGGACAAAAGAAGAUACAUCUAAGACCGCACCCAAAGUAAGUUUGUUAAACUGGAAGGUCGUCAAUGAAAAGAUGCCAUGGGGUUUGUAUUUGCUACUGGGUGGUGGAUUUGCCUUGGCAGAAGGAAUGGAGGUCUCGGGUCUCUCUCAGUGGAUUGGUGACCAGUUAUCGUCACUUGGGUCUUUGGAAGACUGGGUUAUUGUUCUUGUCUGUUCUACAUUGGUGUGCUUCUUCACAGAAGUGACUAGCAACACUGCAGUUGCAACCAUAUUUAUACCCAUUAUAGGGGCUCUGGCAGGGAGUAUUUGUCUACAUCCUCUGUAUGUAUUGAUGCCAUGUGCGAUCUUGAUCUCUUAUGCAUUUAUGUUGCCAGUAGCAACCGCCCCAAAUGCUAUGGUGUUUGCUAAUGGAUUGCUGACUAUACCUGAUAUGGCAAUUACGGGAUUAGGACUCAACAUACUUGGUAUUCUAUGGAUUAAUUUUUGGGUGAAUAGUUAUGGUAGAGCGUUAUUUGAUUUGGAUGAGUACCCUGACUGGGCGAAGACUGAUAAUACAACAUGUGCGGACACAACCGUCAAUGUCACAUUAAUUUGA